CACAGUUGAGGAGUUCUAUGCACAGAUGUCUGCUGUAUGGCGUCAGCUUGAUUCUCUUAGUCCUCAGUUGUCAGUUGCCACUUGUGAGUCCUGCAGGGGUCAGAAGAAUGCUUUGUUGGUACGGCGUACAUAUGACUUCUUGACCCGUCUUCGUGCUGAGUUUGAGCCGCUUCGUGCUCAACUACUUGCUCGUCAGCCUUGUGUGUCUCUGAUGGAUGCUCUUGCUGCUAUUCGUAAUGAAGAGACACGUCUUCGUAAUGCAGGCCUGCUACAGUCUCCUUCUGCCUUGGCUGUUCAUUCGCCUCCUCCUCCGCCCGCGACGCCUUCUUCAGUGGCGCCCUCUUCCAGGGUUGGAGGGAGUGGCGGUCUUCAUUGCAAGUAUUGUGAUAAGGAUGGACAUGUGGAGGAUUAUUGUUACAGGAAGAAGAAGGCUCAGGGUCGUCGUGGUGGUCGUACUUCACAGGGUGGGAGUAGUGCUCGUAGUCCUAGUACUGGAGGUUCUCAGAGGGGUUCUGCUAGUUCUGAGACACAAGAGAUUCUCAUGUUGCUUCGUCGCCUUGCUACCUCUGCACCUCCUGGAGCUGUUGGUUCUGUUACUCCGGCCUCUGCACCGUCACAUCCUGCUGCUGCUGCUUCCCCACCUUCCACUGAGGGACCACUUUCCACUUCCGCCCCAGGAACGCAGCACGGGUCUCCUGGUUGGUACUGGCCCUCGUCGACGUGAUUCUCAGCGCCUUUGGGAGCUUGACUGGCUUCGUCUUCCUUCCGCUGCCUCUGCCAGUCUCGUUGGCUCUGCUUCUGCUGUU